AUGGUUGUUGCUCUAGAGGGCAGUGCUGAGCUCCUCUGCGCAUAUCCGGUGCCUGCGAGCGGCCUCUCGAGAUGCCGUGGGCCGCCAUCACUGCCGGCGCAAGAUGCCUCGGACUGCAUACGUACUAUGCAAGACUGGUUCAAAGCGCCUGCGCAUACGGAGCAAGAGCCGUCGCCCAAGCGACGUAAAACUGGUGAUGGCAGGGCUAUCUCCGUGCCUUGGCGGGCGGACGCAGACGCAAAAGAUAGUAUCGUCUUGGCCAGAGUAUCUAUUGACUUGAACACGCCCAUUCCUUCGCCAGACUUCAUGGACACGACGGACGCCUCAGCCACACCGGAAGAUUCCAUACCUCUAGAACUCGAAUCGUGCCACAGGGAUCGGGCAAAAGAGACCCUGCAAAUUAGACUCCGAAACGUGGUCGAUAGAACGGGACUUGACCUGGCCGCCACAACCUCUUCCGCCUUCGCAGACUCGAUCCUGCCCCACCUUCGGACCGUCACUACAUUUGCUACUACGCGUCGAGGCAAGAACACCAAACCCGCGUCUCGAGCAGCUUUCUGUCGCUGUCAGCUGUACGCGCCCGGUGAGGGACGCAGUAUACACAAAUUGGUUGUCGAGAUACGGUGGACCUUGGGUAUGUCAGUGGUUGAGGACUCAGCCGUCACACGCCAUUAUAUGGCCGCAGAUCUGAGUCUUCUCCGCGUCUACAUGACUGACGAGGUUACAAGAGGCGACAAGAAAUGGACUUUGUCUGAUUUCUACACUUCAGUUUAUGUGCCAGCAGCAGACAUGGAUGUCUCCCCACGCAUCAAACAGAGUUUGCUCGAGACCAAGCUUCUGCCUUUCCAAGAGAGGACCGUUGAUUGGCUCUUGCGUCGAGAAGGCGUUGCGUUCUCAUCCUCUGGGCUGCUCGAGCCAUUCGUCAACAGUUCGCCACCAGCAUCGUUCAGACAGACUCAAGACGCCCUGGGAACACCGUGCUAUGUCAGCUAUCUCCGAGGCUCUAUUGUUACAAAUAUAGAUGCAGCCAAGGACGACGCUCUGCGGUCACUGCGCGGCGGCAUACUCGCUGAAGAGAUGGGCUUAGGUAAAACAGUCGAGCUAAUCGCACUCAUAUCCCAUCACAAGCGAGACAUCCCCAAAGGAAACGUCUACGACGUAUACACUGAAGCUGAAGUUAAGCCCUCAGGUGCUACGUUGAUCAUCACUCCACCUUCGAUCCUAGAACAGUGGAUGAGCGAAUUGCGCACUCACGCCCCUGAUCUCAAAGUUUGCCAUUACAGGGGUCUCCCACCUCCGACUGCACCAAAGAGUGUCCAUGCACCAUCUACCAUUGAGCAUCUCCUGCAAUAUGACGUAGUGCUAACGACGUAUCAUGUGCUCUCGAAAGAGAUCCAUCACGCUGUACCUCCCCCGGAGCGCAGCUCUCGACGCCCCAAACGCCACGAGCGUCGCACCAGCCCUCUCGUCGGCAUCUCCUGGUGGAGAGUCUGCUUAGACGAAGCGCAAAUGGUGGAGCGUGGGGUCAGUCAGGCCGCCCAAGUAGCGCGGAUCAUUCCGCGGUGUAACGCCUGGGCAGUUUCCGGCACUCCUCUUCGCAAGGACGUCCAGGAUCUACGUGGUCUUUUGAUCUUCCUCAGAUGUGACACAUUUGUAAACCACGAGGCAAUCUGGAAUCGCCUCGACAAAGCGUCGUUCAAGAGCAUUUUCAGCGAGAUUGCCCUACGGCAUACCAAGGACAGAGUUCGCGAUGACCUUCAGAUACCGCCUCAGAAACGCGUUGUCAUUACAGUUCCUUUCACAACUAUCGAGGAACAGAACUACAGCGAAAUGAUGCGUCAAAUGUGUGAUGCAUGUUGGCUCACACCUGAAGGGCAGCCCUUGGAAGAAGGUCGCGACGAGACCCAUCCCCAGGUUGUCGAGCGCAUGCGGGAAUGGCUGGUCAGGCUGCGCCAGACGUGUCUCCAUGCGAACGUGGGUCGAAAGAAUCAAAGAGCCUUGGGUGGAAAGAAGGCGGCUUUGCGCACCGUACACGAAGUUCUGGAGGUUAUGAUUGAGCAGAACGACACCAAGUGGAAGUCAGAGGCUCGCGAAAUGAUUCUAUGUCUGAUCAAGAUGGGUCACAUUCAUGCUUAUUCCGAAGAUCCAGUACACGCACUUGAGUACUACUACAAAGCCCGAGAAGAAGCAGAGACAUAUAUCAAGAUAUGCAGAGGCGAGCUACGCGCGGAGCAGCAGAAGCUGGGCCGCGCAUCUACAGCUGACCUUCGUGAGGCUGAUGAAGAGCAAGAUGUAGCUGCAGAUAAGAUGGGCCGUAUCCCGAUUCUGCGUAAAUCGCUACGGUCAUUUCUGGAGCUUCAGCAUGCCGCUCAGUUCUUCAGCGCCACUUCGUUCCAUCAGAGAAAAGAAUUGCGAAUGUACAACACGGACUCAGGAUCGGAUAGGUGGCGCGAGUGGGACGAGUCUGAGACAUCUUACUACGAGGCGGCCAGGGCCAUCCGCCAUGAGCUGCUGGAGGGAUCGAAGAGUAAAGCGCAGCAGCAAAUGGCCAAAGUCAAUACCAAAACGCCUCUCCAAUUGCCUACGAUCGCUGACCUCCCAGGUCUUGGGGGUAUUGAAGCGCGAAAGAUUCUCGACACGAUGGACAACAUCAGUGAUUAUUUGAAUGAGCAAGCUCAGCAGAUACACGCUUGGCGCACAAGAGUUAUUGACAUUCUUCUUACGCGCUUGGUUGAUGACGAAGACGACAAAGAGUUGACAGGAGAAGAAUACGAUGACUCGCUCAAGGCUCAGGAUGAGCUAUACGUUUACAUCAUGGCUCUUCGAACACUUGUCGCAGACCGCAACGCUGCUGUAAACGGUCUACAGGACACUCUUGUCGAACACGAGCUUAGGGCUGCCGAAAAGCAAGCCCUGAGGAAAGACAACGACGAAGGCGAUCGCGGUCACGCACCUCAACUUGUGCUUGAAGUUGUCAGGAGACGACGCGAACUGCAAGCGAAACUCCGGGCUGGAUCUUUGAGGGGCGUUAUCUCUAGUAUUCGCUCCUUGAUGACCACUCUGCAAUGGAAAGUGAACAGUGGUGAUGUCCGCGCUUCUUCCGAGCUCGAAAUCCUUCAGACGCACAUCACUAAGGUUCAGGCUAUAGUCACAGAACAGGCAAAGGUUAUCACUGAACUUGAGAAAGAGCAGGAACUGUAUCGAGGCACCAUGAACCAACGUCUAGAGUAUUAUCGGCAGUUUCAACAUAUCUCCGAUACCGUCGCAAAGUACAAGGAGACGCUAGACAGCAGAUUCGACCAGCGUGAGUUCGACAGAACCGACGACUUGCGAGAGAAACGCGAGAACAACGCCAAUGGCUUCAAAACAAAGUGCACAUAUCUGAAGCAUCUCCGGAGUGAAAAUCUGAAGGAGACGACAGCCGAAUGUAUCAUUUGUAGGGAAGACAUUGAGAUCGGAGUCUUGACGGCUUGCGGUCACAAGUACUGCAAAGAGUGCAUCAAUCAAUGGUGGCAGGCACAUCGGACCUGCCCAACUUGUAAGCAGAAGUUGGGCUCGUCCGACUUCAAGGAUAUUGUCUUCAAACCGACCGAAAUCAGAGCGAAAGAAGAGAUGGACGCAGCUGCCAGUCGGACGCAUGCUUCUACGCCAGGCUCUUCGUCCACCACGUCCAUCUACUCUGACCUGUCUGACUCAACGAUGAAAGAGAUCAAGAUGAUCGACUUGGAAGGCUCAUACGGCACAAAGGUAGAUAUGAUCGCGCGUCAUUUGAUCUGGAUCCGCAACAACGACCCUGGUGCGAAGUCCAUCAUCUUCUCCCAGUUUGGCGACUUCCUCGAAGUGCUCUACGAAGCGCUGAAAAAGUGGAAGAUUGGUGCCAGCAGUAUCACUGACAAGAACGGCAUCCGGGAGUUCAAGCUAGAUCCCAGUGUCGAGUGUUUGCUCCUGGAUGCAAAAACCGAUUCUUCAGGCCUAAGUCUUGUAAACGCUACCUACGUCUUCCUCUGCGAACCGCUCAUCAAUCCCGCAAUCGAGCUCCAAGCCAUCAACCGCGUCCACCGAAUCGGGCAAGAACGACCCACGACGGUUUUUAUGUACCUUAUCAGCAACACAGUCGAAGAAGCCAUCUACGAUAUCUCUGUUGCCCGCCGCCUCGAGCAUAUCAGCAACAACACAUUGUCGAAAACACCGAUACAGUCUAAUCCCACGACUCCCGCUAUCAAAGAACAGACGCUGGACGCUGCGAACUCGGCCGAACUCCAAGCUGCGCCCGUCAAACAGCUCCUGCGCAAGAAGGGCGAAGGAGAGAUUGUCAAGGAAGACGACUUGUGGCACUGUCUUUUUGGCAAGCAGCGGAAAGCGGCGAAACCUAUAGUGGAGAGGGAGGUUGGCCGUGAACUAAGGGCGCAGGCAGCGGAGGCGAGGAUCAUGGGAUCGCCAGAUGCAGGUCCCCGUGGCGCGUCGUCGACUGCGCAUUCGGGCACGUUGGAACAGGGUGCGCUGCCCGAUCGAGGCAAGAACGUUUGGCGCCAUUUGCCCCCGAUUAUGUAG